CAGACACCCACUACCCCCGGUAAAUCCACCCGUUGUAGGAAUAAAAAAGGCUCUUCAAGCAAGGAAUUUUGGAAUUACGUCAAAAUUUCUUUGGGAAAAUAGCGUUAUCCCGUAUGAGAUCGACACAAAUUCUUUUGGUACAAGACUUAACCAAGCCACCACACUUAUUCAGGACAUGAUCGCACAUAUUGCACAAACCACGUGUGUCAGGUGGAGACUCAAAACUGCCACGGAUACGUACUUUGUAAAAAUCACAGGAGAUCAGAAUGGGUGCUGGUCCUACGUCGGCAAUGUUAAAUUCUCUGGAGGUCAAGGACUCAAUCUCGGUCAAGGAUGCUUAAAUGAAUAUAUAGUUCUACACGAAUUGCACCAUGCUAUAGGAGGUCUUCAUGAACAGCAGAGAAACAGGAGGAAAUACUUCGUGAAGAUCAACUGGGAGAAUAUACGCAGUAAUUACAACGACCAGUACGCUCUCAGUGCCCAGACAAAGAACAACGAGGUGUAUGACUACGCCUCCAUCCUGCAGUACCACUUGACGGCUUUUACCUCAAACGGCAAGGCAACAAUGACAAUCCCAGAUAGAGACUUGGAGUAUCUGAUUUCCAACUACAAGAGCGGUUUUUCUUAUUACGACGUGGCGGAAGUCAACAAAGCGUAUGGCUGUGUUACCGCAUCGUGCACAGUUUCCUGUCAAAAUGAGGGUUUCCGAAUGCAGGCUGUGGACCAAUCCACGUGUGAAUGCCAGUGUCCUUCUGGUCUCAAAGGCGCAACGUGUGAGGAUCUCGACACAGACGCUGAUUGCGGGAGAAUUAUUAAUCUCUCUAAUGGUGGAUUCGGGGAAAUUAAAAUGACAUCAUAUACCCAAGGAAAAGUUUGCACGUGGCUUGUGAAGGCAGAAUCCAACUCCAUUAUCAAAGCAACUGUGACGUCAGUCGACCUGCCAUUCAGCUCACAGAACGACUGCUACCAUUGGUUAGAAUUCAGAGACUAUCUGAUUGGAGACGAGGGAAAAGAAUUGUGUGGACAGUCUACAACAGCCAAAACAUACACACAGGCUAACAUUGGGAAGGCGUCACCAUUUAUGAUUCGAUUCAACAGUCAAAAAACUCAAUUACCAGGAACUGGCUUCACCGUAAAAGUGGAAGCAAUGAAAUCAGGAUGUAUGAGUUUUCCCUGUAAAACAGGCUCUCUCUGUACCGAGGGGAGCGGAGACGGAUCGUACACCUGCUCCUGUCAAAAUGGCCUCUCGGGCAAAAACUGCGACGAGUUCAGAGCGCCAUCUUACAACCUGUGUGACCACGAGGACGAUUUCGGCACGUGUUUGUUUGACCAGGACCCUUCCUCCGAUAUUGGUUGGAACUUCAAUACGAGGCUGUGUGACCGGCCGGACUGUGGGGGAGGAGUUCUGACCAGGGGUACCGGAUACCAGUUCCUCACCCUCACACCCUACUACGACGGGGUACCCUGGGAUCAUGGGUCGAAGGCAGCCAUUAAAACCUCUGCACAGUUUAUAGCCGUUGACCGUUGUUUAUCAUUCGACUACUCCCUCGGUAAUAAUGUACAGGGCAGUUCUUUAACCGAGAUCAACGUGUACGUGGAAGGAACCGGAAAGACAAAAACUAACGUCAAGAACCUGAAAACGACCACGGAUUAUACCUGGAAAACGGAAACUGUUUCCAUUUCAGCUGUUGACAACUUAGUGAUCUACAUAGAAGGAGUAAUGGGGCCACAGCUUAUUGGAAUUGACAACAUAUCCCUCCGCCCCGGACUAUGCACAAACACCCCCUGCAAUCCAAACCCGUGUAUAAAUGGCGGAACCUGUGACGGAUCAAGUCCGCCGUCCGGAUCUAAGUACGUGUGUACUUGUCCCACAGGAUUCUCUGGAGAUCGCUGCGAAAAUGCAAUCAACCCAUGUGACGGCAAUGGUUGUCAGAAUGAUGCUACCUGUGUUGCUGAUCAAACGAGCACUGAAGGUUACAGGUGUCAGUGUAAAACAGGUUACACGGGACUCAGAUGUGAAAGUCUUAUCAACCCAUGUGACGGCAAUGGUUGUCAGAAUGACGCUACCUGUGUUGCUGAUCAAACGAGCACUGAGGGUUACAGUUGUCAGUGUAAAACAGGUUACACGGGACUCAAAUGUGAAAGUCUUGUCAACCCAUGUGACGGCAAUGGUUGUCAGAAUGACGCUACCUGUGUUGCUGAUCAAACGAGCACUGAGGGUUACAGUUGUGAGUGUAAAACAGGUUACACGGGACUCAGAUGUGAAAGUCUUAUCAACCCAUGUAACGGCAAUGGUUGUCAGAAUGAUGCUACCUGUGUUGCUGAUCAAACGAGCCCUGGCGGUUACUGGUGUCAGUGUAAAACAGGUUACACGGGACUCAGAUGUGAAAGUCUUAUCAACCCAUGUAACGGCAAUGGUUGUCAGAAUGAUGCUACCUGUGUUGCUGAUCAAACGAGCCCUGGUGGUUACUGGUGUCAGUGUAAAACAGGUUACACGGGACUCAGAUGUGAAAGUCUUAUCAACCCAUGUAACGGCAAUGGUUGUCAGAAUGAUGCUACCUGUGUUGCUGAUCAAACGAGCCCUGGCGGUUACUGGUGUCAGUGUAAAACAGGUUACACGGGACUCAGAUGUGAAAGUCUUAUCAACCCAUGUAACGGCAAUGGUUGUCAGAAUGAUGCUACCUGUGUUGCUGAUCAAACGAGCCCUGGCGGUUACUGGUGUCAGUGUAAAACAGGUUACACGGGACUCAGAUGUGAAAGUCUUGUCAACCCAUGUGACGGCCAUGGUUGUCAGAAUGACGCUACCUGUGUUGCUGAUCAAACGAGCACUGACGGUUACAGGUGUCAGUGUAAAACAGGUUACACGGGACUCAAAUGUGAAAGUCUUAUCAACCCAUGUGACGGCCAUGGUUGUCAGAAUGAUGCUACCUGUGUUGCUGAUCAAACGAGCACUGACGGUUACAGGUGUCAGUGUAAAACAGGUUACACGGGACUCAAAUGUGAAACCCCAAUUAAUAAUGAUGCGUGCUUAAGCAACCCUUGUCAACACGACGGAAGUUGUACUAACACACCAGGGGAGGAAAACCCGUACAGAUGUGAAUGCAAGCCGGGUUUCCUUGGACAGAAUUGUGAAGGUUUCUCCUGUGGGUUUGAAAGGCGAAGAGAAAGGAGCUGUUUUCUGCGGACACGAACACGUGGGUGGUUUAGGCGAAAUAGAAGGACCCCCUCGCGGGGGACUGGACCUAACAGUGCCUACAAGGGCAAAUACUUUUUCUACUUCGAGGCCUCGAGAUAUCAAGCAGCCUAUAUUAUUAGCAAUGUUCGAUUUCAAAACGCUCCCCAUUGCCUGAGUCUCCAGUAUCACAUGUGGGGGAGCAAUAUGGGCAGUUUUGUAGUGUACACGUACUCAGCUGUACGAGGCUUGAAAGAAGAGUUCACAAUCGCCGGCGACCAAGGAAACCAGUGGAAUAAUCUGGAGCUCGACUUAACACUGGACGAUUCAACCUGGGUUAUCCUCCAAGCAAAAAAGGGGACUUCAUAUAAAAGUGACGUAGCGAUUGAUGACGUCAGACUUAUGCCUAAUUCUUGUCCGUGAUAAGAAUGCUACCGUUCCAGUUUCGACAUAACGGAAUCGAUCGAAGUUCACAAUUUUAUAAAAAUAUAAAAACACAACAUUUGCAGAAGAUAAUUUGGAAAUAAUCGUACAGUAUCUAAACGUAUUGGUUGAAAAAAAAUCAGAAUUUUAAAUAAAUCUUACAAAACUUAUUAAAUUUGUGAUAUUUGUGUCUGACAUAUUAUAUCGUUUUAAUAUUCUGUUUUCUUCAUUUAUUCUGAGCGGAUGAACUUGUUUAAUGUCUAAAUAAAACACUCUGUUUUAAAAUAGCUUUGAUAUUUUAUUGCUUUAUGUAUUUUUCAUGUAGAUUUCUCUUUCAAAUGACGAUUUGAAUAGAACCAUGUGAUUAUUAAACA